AUGGAAAGUGUCAGCACGACGCAACUCGCAGCUGAGUAUCCCACACUCGCCGCAUUACCACGUGAGGAUCUCGUGGCUCUGGCCGAUGCAGAUGCUAGUGCACCAAACGAAGCUCUGUUGGAAGCCACAGUCCGUACGUUGCCUAAUGUAAGCGAGGAGGACGACGAGCACCUCGCGCUCCUUGAACAAGUUGAGCAUGCAGCAGCACGGAAUGAGGCUCGUCGAAGCGAGCUCGAGACACUACGAGAUGAGACGCGUCGCGCUUUUGUAUACGCACGUACCUUGGAGACACAAUGGCCAGGAGUUGAGCGUGCACUGCGCGAGGCCAACAAGGUAAUGGAUGCAAAGACUAUGAUCUACCAGAUUCUAACAAUGUACACAGCGCUUUACACCAUUCGCGAUGCAGUCACGCUUGCAGCUAGCUGCGAAUCAGCUGCACGAGGAGAGCGAAGAACUGGCAAACUCCUAUGUAGAGGGUCUUUCAGCGAUUGA